AUGAGCGCCAGACCACAGGGCCGUGGUAGGCAAACACGCAGAGAUCGUUCUCAGCGAAACAGAGGCCGAGACCACUCUGCAGACUCAGUUAGUAGCACGACAAGUACUCAAAGUGAAAGAGAAAGAGAUCGAGAGAGAGAACAACGGAAUGGGCGGAACUCCAGACGACGUCCUGAAAAGAAAGAUGAGCGAGGUAGACGUAGAAAUGAGGAAGGUAGAAGAGAUGUACAUGUACCUGAUAGAGAAGGCAGCAAAGCCACUGAUAAGGAUAAAGGAAAGCUACGCUCAGAGUCUGAGAAACUACCUCCUCGCGGAAGAGGUGAACCCAACCGAGAUCCUUCAAGGGAGUUAAAUCGAGACAGUUUUGGUUCUAAAGGUUCCACUAAUGGUUAGUGCAACGAUUUAACAUAUUUCUACCACCUUUCUUGAAUAUCUGGCGUAUCACAAAGAUUUUGUGCAGAUAAUUUGCAUACUCGCGAGAGACAAUUACAAAUUCUCGUUGUAAUCAGUUCCGUUGUCUGAAUUUGAAAGCCGCAGUUGUAAAUGAUACACUAUUUUUGGAAAAUCACUUGCAAUCGUAGUUGUUUUGCUGACGCGAUAUUUUAAAGUACCAUCUGCUUAACUUUUGAUUAGUUCUUUAGACCGAUAAAUUUUUGAUAUUCAUCAAAAGGAAAUUGGUGAUUGCGCUAAUUUCGGCUUCCGGCUUUACUUGUUUAUGACACCUCUUUCCUUCCUAAUUGGUUUUUAUAUCGUGACGGUGGUACAUAGUCUAAAUUCACUUUUAAAAUACUCUUUCCUAUCGAUGUUUAUUGGUUUGACAAGCUUAUUUGAUAUUAUUCAUUUUAUCAAUUGCUUGUUUCUUUUUUCUUGUUUGUAACUUGUUAUUUUAAACAGGUUUGCAAUUUUUUUGUUUACCUUUUGUCAAUUUGCUGACUUACAAAAAUCGUUUCAGUAGAUACCAAAUAGAUUAUCCAUAUGUUCUCAAGGAAAUGGGGAAGUUAACUAAAACAUUUCUAAAAUUGCUCCCCCAGUCACUGUACCAGAGCAAAUCUCCUGAAGAAGAAAGCACAGAGACAAACAAACCAACUGCAUCAGCAUUUUUAUGGUCUCUAGAACAUAGAUGUAUGCGAGAUGAACCUUCCCCCCCACUCCCUUAACUCUGAUUAGCUUAAAAUUUCUCUAAAUCAUUGACAAUGCAAGAGACCAUUGAUGCAGGGAUUGUAAAUUCCUAGCAACAACAAGUAGGAAAGAACAAAAAAACAAGGAACAUCAUGGUUGUAAAGAGCUGGUGCAAGUAUUGGGUAAUUUCUCAGACACUUGCACUAUGACAAGUUUUAGGACUGUUUUUGUGUUAUGUUGUGUUCUUAGGCAUGCCACCUUACUUAUUCUCACUGUACCUGUCUUAAUGCAAUAGUAGAAAUGCACAUGAUUAAACUAUCACGGGAACUUGGCCAAAUUCUGGGGGGUGACUUGUAGGGGACCACCAUCCCAUUCAAGGGAGGAUCAGGAAUUCUUGCAGUAAUUUCAUACUCUGGGAACUGAGGUAAUCUUGAACUGCAAGGGCUGCAAGGCUUGUGGGAAGACUUAUUGUGUACUGAAGGUAUGGUUGUUUUACUUUCAGAGCAAAUUAAUAUGUUUGGCGAUGAUUCUCGUUUGUCGCAUCUUGUUAAGAGGAUUACCAAAGAGUCUGAGCGAGACAGGCGUUUGACUGCAGCUCAACAGUUUGAGGAAUUCCUUAAUGCUCCUGAGAAUUCUCAGGUACUGCAAGAUAUACAUAUAUAAUGAUUAAAAUUGCUAGGGCUUUAUUAGUAUUGACUGAACACCUUCAUUUGAAAACAAAAAUUUCAAAGUUCAAAUGAUUCCUUAAACUUGUCAAAAGAGGGUUUCCCUUUUUUAGCUUGUGAGAUUGUAUUGUUUUUGUUGUUGAUCACCAUGGAUUUUUCACCUGAAGGUACCUUUUAUUUCCAGGUGGUAGACAAGCAUGCAGAGAAUCUAUUUGUAGUUGUAGAAGAUAUACUCUUUGAAAGGUAACUAAACUCUUCUUCAGGAGGCAGACAUGUCAUGAUAACCUUGUGGGCCUAAUUUUCUUGCCUCAUGCAGAAAGGGAACAAAAAAAAUGUUGCAUUUAGAAAUGUUCAUGCUUUAAGAUGUAUGGACUAAAAAGGGAUUAACUCAUAAAUUUGUUUCUUACAUAGCAUUGUACUUUCAGUGGGCCAAGAUUUGGAUUUCUUGGAUGUAAACACUGUCUGCUGCUGUGCCAAUGCAUCAAAUUUGUUAAAAUAUUUAGUGAACUAGAGGAUAGUUUGUUUAGAUUAUUUUAACCACUUUUUGCUUCAAGUGAAGUCUUCAGUGAAAAUGUUUACAAUAAGUUGCUUUUGGUAAAUAUUUUUAUUUUCAAAAUAAUUUCAGGGGACAACCUGAGCUGAAGGAAAAAAUAGCAACAUGUGGUGGUAUAAUUGGUGGAAUUUUAGGCAAUGAAGCUGGAAGGUAACUGUUUCAUUGAAUUCAAGCCAGACACAUUUAAAUCUGGCAAGCAUGCAUACAUCUCAGUGCUCUUUAUUUUUAUGGCUUAAUUGGCAAUAGAAUGGGAAUUGAAAGGAAAAGUCAAAAGCCUUUAUAAACCAAAUUUCACGAUCAACCAGCUACCUCCCUUGAAAACUCUUGGUGCUAUUAUGAUAAGUGUAGUUAAUUUAUUAAUAUUUUUAUUUCAAAGAUUUUUUCAGUGGAUAUUUGCCAAGCUUGAGUCAUCUGCAUCAGAUGAAGUAAAGAUCUUUCUGCUAACAGCACUCUACAAGGUAGUUUUACAUUUUAUUGGGUCUCAAUUGUUAUUAUCUGGUUUCUACUAUGCAUUAUGUUUCUAUUAUGUGGUUAUCUAUUUUGGACACUUGAUUAAAUAUUUGGUCCAUCUACUGACAAUGUCAAACCUUCACACCUUUCUCUCUUAGUGAUAGAAAUGAAUCUUUUUUAUACAAUAAUUUUUUUUUGGUGUUUUACUUCACAUUUGCGUUCAGUAAAAGUGAAAAAAUCAUUGCAUGAAUAAAAAAGAACUUGGCCUGAUAGGAAUUGUAUUGUGAACUGUGAUAUCUCCCUCUGAUUGUGUCAGUAGUCACCAUUUCCACAACAUCUAUCCUUCCUUUUAUCAAGGUUUAAAGAGGAGAUGGUAUAGUUUAAAAUGGAAUUUGACUUGGAUGGUCUUUUGAAACUGGGUUGGUUUGUAUUUUACUUUGUUUAAUAAUUUUGAUAACUGAAUAAAUAAUUUAAUUGAUCUUUGUAUCAUUUUUUUCUAAAAGGCAAUCCAAGUAGACACUAAGAACAAAUACUUCAGGGAUUUUAUGACGGUAAGAAGCAGUAGUCAAUUACCCUCUCUUGACUUCUCAUCCUGAUAAAAAGGGACCUUUGUUUCUAACAACAAAAUUCUUUACUAUUUGCAGAAUGUCAUGAGCAGCUUGCAAAAUAUCUUGGAAAAUGUAGACACUUCAGGUAUUAGGGAAAACUUAUUUAGAAUUAUUAUAAUAUAAUUGGGUAUUGGUAAAUGAUAAGAGAGAUUAAGUUGUAAAUGCUUAAAUGCUUUCAUUAUAUGCUUGGAUGUAUUGUAAACAAUGUAAAUGUGAUGUUGUUGAUUGACAGACUUACUACGUGCAGCCCUGAAUGUGAUGAUGCCGAUUGCCAUAGACUAUCCACAUGCUUUUGCUGGUCAUUUCAGGGUAAGCUCUAUUUGAUAAGUUUGGAAGGAUAAUCUGUGAAUUGUUAUGAUUGUAACUACUUAUCUACUCCAUUCUUAUCAAACGGAUGUAUUCAACCCGUUUUUUCUGGCUCAGGCACAAAUAUACUGAACAUGGACAAUUAUACCACUGUAAUUGAAAAAAGAAAACUUCUCUCUCAAUACGUUUUUGGUUUUCCAUUUGGGUUUUUAGGAUACCGUUGACAUCCUUGUUGGAUGGCAUAUUGACACUUCUCAGCAGGCAUCUCUUACCAGCUACACUUCAGGUUUGGUGGCAGUUGUGUAUUUUUCUGGUAUUAAUGACAUUUAGCAAGGAUUUAAGUCUAGCAUUUUUAUCCAAGUUGCUGAGACACCUUAGCUUGGCUUUUUUUAUUUUUGUCUCAGCAACUUCACAUAUAAGUUAGGAAAAGAUUUUGAACUUUUACAGACAAUAGUCAAACCAUAAUAUGAUUAUUUAUUUUAAUUGUGAUAGACACAUAACUAAAAUCAGACAUGUUUUAUUUCUGUGCUGUUGUUAUGUAUAUUUUCUUGAAAUGUUUUUUGUUUUUUGCUGAGUCAGAGUUCUUGACUGUACAUCACCAUGAAACAGUAAAUUUUGCUACAGUUCAUUAUAGAAGUAACAAGUAACCUUUUUUUAACUAUCCUAAAAAAAUUUGUAUUUCUUCAUCAUCCCUCCUCCAACUGUCCAUUGCAGUUCAUGCUCCUAUCUCUAAUGACUGACUGAUUUUCUAUAUCACAGAAUGUCUGGUAAAGCUGCAUGACUACUGGGCAUCAGACAUGGCCUUUUCGCUAACACUGCUCAGUCAGUUUUUGGAAGAUAUGGAAGCUUAUGCAGAAGUAAGGAGGAAAAAAACGAUUAGUUUCAUGAGAGGUUUCCGUCAUGCAGUUUUUCAUAUAGUCAUUUUUGAUUGAAUUUUGUUUUUGAAACAGUAAGUGAUGGAUGUGACUUAUGGUAAUAAUUCUCCUUUAAAAAUGGCAUAGCAAGUACUCAGCCAUUUUUAGGCUUUGGUUUGGUAUCAUUGUAGAAUUUAGAACUACUGAACUCUGUUUUGAGAUAUCACUUAUAUCAGAUUGCUGGUGAAAAAAUCCCAUAGGUGCAGCACUUGAAGGUUUAUCAUUGUUUUUUAUUCAAAGACAGAGGUUAAAAUCUGCAAUCUUCUUUACUUGACUUUCGGUUACUGUACUUAUCAACAGGAACUAGGCAUGUUGUCUAACCAAGUGGUCUCCUCAGAUGAAAUCCCAUCACCUUAUGUGUCUCUCCCAAGGCUGACAGCACUAGUGAGGUGAAGUAGCAAUUCCAUUCCGAUUGCAGUACAAGGAAUAUUUAACAUCUAGAAUUAACUGGACUAGAGAGCUUUAAUUCCCCUCUCCAACUGCCAUACAUUUUGUUGUAAUUGGUUAAGAGAAUUUGUUUUUAAAACAAGAUAAUAGGAUCCAAGUGAUGGGUUGGUCUUUUCCAGUCACAAGCUUGUUGGAAAGCAUAUUGAUAUUUCCAUGAUAUGUUACAUUUUGACCUUGAGAGGAAGGUGAAUGCUUAAUUAAUAAUACAAUAGUUUUGGUGAUAGUUAAGAUGGUAUAUCAACUUUUUCAUGGAUGGCUGCCAUUGGUGGAAAAAAAUAAGUUUUACCAUGAAGGAUCACUAGUAACCAGCUAUAACUCUUGCAGUGUCUUUGUUAUGCUCUACAAUUAUUUGUAAUAUUUCUAUAUUAAAAUUUUUAUUUUUCACUCUGGUUUUCAGAGUAUUUACAACAGUUGUAAAUGGCAUAGGACCAAGCUUUUCACCAAAUAGAAGUCCAUCCAUUACACCUCCAUAUUUAACAGAGGUAUCAACUGCUUUCCUUCAUUUUCUUUUGCUAUAUAUAGAGGAAGAAGACUUCUUCUAUGAGAAGGUGUCAACAGGAUUAAUACUUUAAUGAUAUUAGGUAUACAUAUCAGCAUGAACCAAUCACACACCAUUGUGUUUUUGUUUCAGUUGAUUCAAAGGAUUAUUCAGUGCAUCAACAUGUCUGGGUACUCUUACUAUUAUGAAAAGCUCUUUGUGUCAGGUAGGUUUGUCAAUUUUCAUGUUAAAUCAAACAUAAUAUUAUUAAAACCCAAACCGACAAGAAAGCAAACCAGGUAGAUAUUUACAGUGUACAAGAGGGGUCAAGGAGGUAAACUCAGAACUGCUAAGGGACAUCUCUAUCUGGUGGUCAGGGAAGGACUUGAACAUUGGACCUCCAUAUCAUAGUUCUGGAGCUCUCAUCACUUGAUCAUACUGCCUCUCACAAUUACCCAUAAUUCAUGUUUUAUAAUUCAACACCUUUCUUAUUUCUUUUUCAGCCAAUGAGUGUUUAGAGUCCAUGUGUUCAUGGUUACAGCCUUAUUUCUCAUGUUGCUGUGAAAUAACUGCAUCUUUUGUGAUUCAACAACUGCAGAGCAGUUCAUGUGUCACUUAUCCUCAUAUAAUGUCUGCCCUUCAACUAAUACAGAAGGUAAAUGAAGCUGUAAAUUGGAUUAUUGUUGUGUUGUGUUUGAAGUACAACUUUUUCUUUCUUGAGCAAAAGACAGUACAAGAGAGAGUAGCAGCAACAUUUUGUUUUUUCAUUGUUGGUGUGCACUAUUUCAGUGUCAGUGUCACUGCCAGUUGCUCGGAAGUGAAUAGCAAAAGAUAUUUAGAGUGUACCUUCAAUGCUAAUCACGGUUUUAGUACAUGCUAACUACCAAUGCUUUUAGUCUUCACAAAACUUAAGCAAAGAGCACUCUGCAAACUGUAGCUGUGUUUUUAAACUUUCUAGCAGUAUUUUUAAACUAAACAAUCCCUCUGUCAAUUAAAUUAUUGUCCUUUCUCUUUGACAGGUCAUCAUUCAUGUCAACACUGCUAUCCCAGCAACUUUCAUUCAACAACUCUUAGAACCAGGCUCUCCUGUAAUGAAGUUGCGCUUAUGCUCUGAUCAAGCAGUGAGUACAAUAUAAACAGAUUUCAGUUAUUUUUAAGUCACUUGGAACCUCCUUAUAUUCAUACUUGCCCCCCUUUGAUGAGUUAACUUUUAGGGAUACAACACACACAGCUUGUGAUCUGCAGAAAGUAAUCUGGGCCAUCAGGUUGAGAAUUGAAUAAUUGAUUAGCACUUAGCCUCUCCCUAUAAAGUCCAUACGCUAUUAAUCUGAGAAUACUCAAAGUUGUUAUCUUGAUAAACACUUCAUUCUUGUAAUUAGAUUCACAACUUAGAGAGACACUCAUUGAAACUAAAUUCUUUUCACCAGAACCUCAGGCAAGUGAGCUCAAGCACAGCCCUCUUUUAUCCUAACUUGCACACACUGUGUACUGGCUGUAGGGACUGGGUUGUUCAAAGCUGGGUUUGGAUAACCCAGGAUUAGAGUGAAAGUUCAUUUCAGAUCUGAAAGCUUUAAAGGAAAAUCCACUUUAUUAGUUAUAAUUCUACAAUUUGAUGAUUAGAUGCUCAAAAAAGAAUAGAGAAAAUUAUCCCUAAAAGGCCUUUGAACAAAGGAAUAAAGAAAUCUGGAUUGAAAUUUAACCCUGGGUCAGCACUAGUUAGCCUUGGAACAACUUGGCCCAGUGACGUCAACAAGUCUCCCUUUAAAGUUCAGCCCAGCACUUGUAGAAAUAGUUUGGACCCUCUCUAAAUUUACUGUAUUUUAACAUUGCAGGUGCUGUCAUUAGUGAUGAAGAUUUAUCAGGGUUUCCUUGGUAUCCACGAUGUUCCACUUUUAGAGACAGCUUAUAGGUGAAAGUCUUCUCCUACAGUAUUUCUUUUGCACUUUUACACAGAUUUUUCCACAAUUAAUUUUUUGUUUGCUUUGUUUUUUGGUAUUUUUGGCAAAGUUUGAAUUUGGAAAAAGUAAUUAUAACUUACAGUUGCAAAUGUUAAUUGGGAAGGCUAAAGGCAAACUGAUUUGCUGAGAAAUAUCAGCAAUGCAGCAAUGUCUUGUACCUUGUUUUUUGGGUUUCCAAAAACAGACUAGAUUAGAAAUAGAUCAAAGAGAGUGUAUUCCAGAAAAGCUUUUACGUGCUGCAAGACCUUUAUCAUUAAUUGUGUAAAAUACAUACAUUAAUGCAUGUAUAAUUAUCAGUCCUCAUCAUUUUGAUAGAUUGAUCUUUAAGUUCAUAUUAGCAUGUGACAGGAAUAUGUCACAUUGCAAGUUUCAAGAAACCUGUGUGAUAUUUCCUCAUUCCAUCCAUUUUUUUUCUCAGAAUUGCUGUGACAGAACUGAUCAGCAGCUUUAACCUUCUGCAUAAAACACUUCAAAGCCUUGAAAUGAGUGACAGCAACUUAGAGCCUCUUACAAGUAGCAGUAAUGAGGAAACAGGUUCACUUAAUGCAGACAAGGACAUGCAGAGUGAUGCACUGAAUACUGAGGGGAGUACCCCUGUUCCUAUUCCAGUACAGGUGCAAAGUUCUCACGAGUUGGAGAGUAUCAUCAUCUUUGAUCUGUGUGCUCUGUCUGAGAUUGCAACAACUAAGUCAGCAAUUUUGAGGGUGAGAGAAGGCACACAUUUUUCUAAUGUAAAACUGAGUUUUUGAAACAUUUGGUAUGAUCUUUUAUUUGUAGUUCAGAGAAGGUGGUGAGUUGAUGGAAGAUGGUGGAUUCCAAGGAUACAUGUUUUCCUCUUUACUCAUUAGCAGAAAGAUACAAAACCUCUUUUGUCUCUUGCUGUUUGAUAUUGCAACAUGUAAUUGCACAGAUGUAAAGUUUAUUUUUAAUAAAAUUUUAUUUUGCAGUUGUGGAAGCUUUCCCCAAGUACCUACCAGUUGCUUACUCAACAUUUGGAUGCAUGUGCAUGGAAGAUUGCAGUGUGCCAUCCCUCUGUACAAUACACCAUUCUACAUGCUCUUUACACAUACUGUCAGAGGUAAGGUGUUUCUGUAUAAAUAUAGCUUCUCUCAACAUUUAGACCUGGAGAAACAUGAAAAACCAUAGAACUUAACUUUCACCUCCUGUUUUUCUCAACCCUUCAACUCUCAGAUGUGAUCAACGUGUUAUUUCUCCUCACAGUUUUUAACUAUUAUGCACGUAAUAGGUUAGGAGAAAAGUCAAACAUAUCAGCUGAAGAGUCUUUCCUUGAUAAACCUUAAGUUCUCCUAAGUCACCUUUGAGGAAAUACAUAGCAGUCAGAAGAGAGAAUUGCUAUUCAGAUCUUGGGAGUUGGGGGGUUUCAUUUCAUUGUUGCUAUACCUGAGUUAUUGUAGAUUUAAUCUACUGGUAUUUUCUCUUACCCAUUGAUUGAAUUAAUUUUAAUAAAUUAUUUUUCAUUUUCUUAAUUUAUUACUCUUAUCUUAAAUUUCUCUGACUUUUGUCAGAUUGUGCUAACAUACUUAGUUACAUGUAUACAUUUAACAUGUACUGUUCUGUUUCAGGUACAACCAUUUUCUUCCUAGUUCACCAUCAGAGGGUUUGCAUUCAUCACCAGAUGGGGACAUGGUUUCAAUGUUCAGCCUAAUUUCCAAAGUGCUUGGAAAUUCAAGCACAUCAGAAGAUUCCAGGUUCAACAAAAUUCUUUUCAGUUAACUUGAUCUUAUUGUUGGUUAGAUUAUCAUUAUAAGAGGAGAUACAUCUAGAAUAUGCACUUUGGUAUUUUGCUACAGGGACAUAAUCAGUGUAACAUUUAAAGAUUUCAAUGCUCUUAGAAUGGUGCAGAAUUUUAAUAUGAUAACACACUCAGGUGAAUUUUAGUGACUUAACUUGCAUCAAAUAAAAUAAAGGAACUGUAUGAAGCAGUUGUGUUGGCAGAAAAAGUUCAACUACUUUUAACUUUUCUGCAGAUGCAAGUUGUCCAAACAUCACCUCUUCUUUCAUAUGCAUAAAAAAUUCAGGUCUCCUAAUGCAGGUUGAAUUAUACAACAGCAGAAAUCUAGCUUAAAGGUUGCAACUUUGAUAACUUAACUGGAUCUGCUGACUUAUUUAUGAAUAUGACAAAAUUCCUUUAACCAUAGUGAUAUUUCAUUAGAAAAUUGUGUCUAGUCUGGUUGGUGGAGGUCUUGGACAAAGCAGUGACCAGUGGUGUUCUUGGAACAGUUGUUAGGCAUGUAAACCUGGAUUCUAUUGCAGAGAGCAUUUUGCCAUCUUGUAAGUGUAAUAAUGUGGUUUUGUCCACAUUGCUGUUGAUUUAUAGGUAAUUCCUUGUGUUUCUUUAAGGAGAGAGGGCGUGAUAGUCAAUCCAAAAAUCACCUUAAUUUUGUUUUGUAGCAGGGGUGGAAAACAACGAAAGUUGGCUGAACAUUAGAUGAACAGCGACAAUAUUAACUUCUGUCUUUCUGAGUGUCAUUGUUAUUUUUCUUUACAGCAUUUGACCAUAAUCCCAGCAUCUCCUUGGAAGUUUCUUUCUGCCUGAAUAUUUUAGUUGACCUUAAUGUCCUAUCCAGGAGCUGCUUAAGAAAGUAAGUACUGUUUGGUUCUCAACAUGUUUAAAGAACAAGUUGAAUGAGUGACAGAAUGAUUGUUUCUUUUUGUAUGAUAGAUUUUUUGAAGACUGUGCUGUUCGGUUAAUGGAUUUGAAUAAAGAUGUUUGUACGAGUUACCAGCAACUUAUAGGAACACUACCAAUGGACAUUUUAACAAGGUUUGUUUAAAGUGGACAUGUGAAUCUAUAAAGAAUGUUGUGUCAAUGUAACUGUAGACUGGCCAUAAAUACUAGAUAACAAAAAACAUGACAACUGAUUAUGUGACUAAGGAACUCAGGUCACCAAAUUGGUGUUGCAAAUUUAAUGGCCAAAAAUCAUUCCACCAGCUAUGCCAACCAAAGUUGCUGCAGCUUACAACUUUCUGUAAUAAUUUUGUUUUUUUUUUUGGUUUAUUGUUUGUGAUUAUCAUAUCAUCAGAACCAAAAAAUCCACCAUAAUGUGGUGUGUUUCUCUUAGCUCCCUCAGCCAGAGCUUGUUCGAGUCUAGAAGAAGUCAAGGUAGAAGCAGUGAACAUGUUGGCAAACCUCUGACAACCAGUUGUAGUGAUGUAUGGUUGGCUCGCAAAGGUCAUGUUAUCAAGCCUCCCUCAGGCUCUUUCCACUCACAUGAUUUUCAAAUUGUCAUGGGAUUCAUUCUGUCUGGUGUCUUUCCAAGGUAGGUGAAUUAUAUACCAGUUAAAAAUUAUUGCAAUCUCUUUCAUGAAAACAUACAUGUAUGACUGUUCCUUUCUCUCUUUUCUUCUCCUAGAUCAAAUUGUAAUUCUCCUUACUGUCAACCAUACAAUUGUUAUAAUUUUAGUUCAGAGAAUUUAAUAUUGGAUCAACUAAUUAUCCCCAAAGUGGUAUUUUUCUGUAUUCUCAUCUCUUAUCUGGUUGAUAUUGUAUUGAUACUGUAAGGAGAAACUCUGUCUUGGUCACUCAUGGAAAUUAAAGGGUUAACACUUUGACCCUUAAGAGUGACUAGUGUCUAAUUCCUUCCAACAAUAUCACCCCUGAAUCAAAAAAGAAUAAAGGAAAUGAUUGCCUACCACAGAAUCACUUGAUUGUUGAACAAAUUUUCCUUGUCAGGACCCAAGGAAAUUUAUAGAGAAAAGUAUGGAGAAUAUGUAUAAUGAUAUUAGGGUGUAAAGGGUUAACCAAGUUCCAAGAAUGGUUUGUAUUUCAGUUGAAUACAGUUAAAGGCAACUUAACUCAGUAAACAACAGUAUGAUGCUGGUAUUUGUCCAGCUUUCAUUGGUGGCCAAUUUUACUGCUUUUUUGGAAAGCACCAACAUGUGACUGGAAGCUUAGUUGGUGGUUGGCAUACUGAACUGAAGCCUGAAUUUUGUAGGCUUUUUUUUCUGCCAUUUCUUCAAAUGUGGUUCACCUGUGAGGAUUAAUUCAUUUGUUGAUAUCAUCCACAGGAUGACAUUGUAAUUGUUUCAUAAUUUGUGAUUACUGAUUUUGUUUGAUGAGCUGUGGGUGUUUCCCUUAAUGCCCAGUGGGUUUUAAAGAGGACAUACAUGCAUGCAGAGAUCAUCAGAGUUGUUGAUUUUUUUGUCCUGUUUUCUUGCAGCAAAGAAGCAAAUGCUGACUGGUUGUUUAGACUUUUCCACAGUUGUAAUAGAGUUCAGAAGUAUGCAGAAUCAGAGAUGCUGCAGGUAUAUCUUACAUUAAGGAGGAAGUUCAUGUACAUAUAAUUAUAUACAUAUAAUUAACCACAAGUAGUUGUUGUUGGACAUUGAUUUGAUUUAUUUAUUUUUUUCACAUCAGUUUAGCAGAUGCCAAUCACUGCUUUGGUUCUGGGCCACAUGGGAAGCAGCUCAGUUUUGCAUUUUGUCUCGCUUGCGAACACCACUUGGCAGAGCUCAAGAAACAUUCCAGUCAAUAGAAGGUAAAUUUUUUUUGGUUCUUGAUGAUCUCCCUUCAUCAUGAUGAGCUCCCUUCAUCUAAACCAAUUUGUUCCUUUUUUUCUCUGUGUAAAACCUGCUUUUAGAUCUGUCUCCUUACUUUAAAGUGCAGCAUAAGAAAUGGUUCUUGAUGAAAAAAUACUUUAUGUAUGACUUUCUUUAUUUGUCUCAGAAAAACAUUAAGAGUCAGAUCUUGAGAGAUGUAAUUUCCAAACUGAUUUUCUUUUUAGGUGCUCUACAGAAGUUUGAGCUGGAUGCUAGGGGAGAACAAGAGGAGAAAAACAAAGGAAAGCAUGAAGAGCCAGGGUCCAAGGAAGAGGAAGGGAAUGAAACAGGUUUAGACAUCAUGGUUUCUCAUCUUUGCCCCAAUUUUUAAUCAGUUUUCUCCUGUUAGUUAAGUUUUGUUGUGAUGUCAUCAAACUUUGUUCUUUGAUUUACCUUUUUACUUUUCUUAUACAGCUCCUGGUCCAAAAUCUUACAUGAACCACCUCCAGUCUGUUCUAUUGCUGCAGUUUGUAGAGAAUCUAGAAAAACUCAUGUACAAUGGCUAUGAAGGCUGUGUUGUGGGUCUGCCUUCACCACCCAAGGUACAUAAAAAAUUAAGGCUCUGUUUUUUGUUUUUAUGGUGGGAAUUGGCUGGUAGUAAUAGCUAUGUUAGAUGUGGAUCCUCUGCUUAGUUGCAGAUAUUGAUUGAAAAAUUCCUAUUUCAGUCUGUUCGCAUAUUUUUCCGCACAAAUCGAAGCACUUGCAUGGAGUGGCUUACCAGAGUGAGAAAAGGGGUGAUGACCAUUGGUACUUUGUGUGGCUCUCCUGCAGUAACUGUCUGGCAUGGAUUUCAAGCAUUGCAAGAAAUGAAGGCAGCAGGAAUCACCAAGGUGCUGUGCAUUGAUUUGGUAUUAAUUACAUGUAUGUAGCUACUAACAGAAAAUUCUGAAAUGAGAGAGUGUAGGUAAAAUCGAGCUGGAGCCCCUGUGUGUGGUACUUAUCAUUGGUGCACAAGGUCCUCUUCACACAAAUUUUAAAUGGAGACUGCAUAUCUAUAUCCAUGCACAGCUAAGUGGCUAAGAUUAGGGCAUUCUGAGACCACAAUUUGUCGAAUGUAUAUUACUGAGUGUCUUUUAGACAUCUUUGCUUUCCCUCUGAAAUAUAAUUUCAAUAUAGGGUGAAGACUUUGACAAAGCUGUAUCACUGACAGCCCAAGCCUUGUGUGAGUUGAAGAGUGCACAUGCCAUCUCUGGUUUAAUGGCCUGGUGUGAGCAAGUUUCUGGUCAGAAAUAUUCUUGGAUGAAUGGCACAGUAACCAAGGCUAAGGGAUGGUAAGUGAAGGAAUGGUUAAAAUGAGCAUAGAACACUGAAAAUUGUACCUCACUUUUUGUUUACGUAAAUUUUUUAUCUUGAACACAUGAACAGUGGACAACACAUGGGCUGCUUUCCAUUUAGCUGUAAUUUCCUGGUUAAUCUUCCAGGAAUUUUAUUGGAUCUAACGAGAAGGCAUUUUCUUUAAAGCUCAGAGCUUUACUUUCAUUGUCACUUAUCAAGGAUAGUCCAAAACAUUAGAUACUUUGUGAUGCUACAAAUUGUAUUCUAUUCUAUGCUGCGAGCAGUUUAGUAGUGUGCAUUAAAGUCUUGUUUUCUCUUUGUCCUGGAUUUCCUGCCACUAUUUAUUUGUUACUUUCUGUCAGAGAAGUGAUGGAACAGAACUGAAUAAUUCCCCCAACACUGGGACUUAAUGUCACCUUACAUUUUUAGGUACGAAUGCGCUGCAAAAGAGUACAAAGUAGCUGUGGAAGGCGUGUCUAAAGGAACAGAGAAAGGCCAACAAGAUGAAAGGAAGACAUCUGAAGUUUCUACGCCUAGCAUUGUGACAACAUUCCUUGUUGAUGAGGUAUGGUCGCUUGUAUCCAAAAAGCUCUCUGUAAGAAGUCACAAAGUCAAAGAAUUCAUCUUGGGAUUUUACUGAGAGUUGCAAUCUCGUCUUUAGGUUGCAGACUGCUAUAUGAAGUUAUCAUCAUGGAAUGAGGUUUCAGAGUGGCAGAAACAUGUCAGUAACCUCAGGAAACACUGCACAGACUCUGGUGUACAGCAUUCGCUAAUGGCAAAUGUUGACACAAAUUAUGUCAAGUAAGUAUUGCUUCUGAUAAUUUUGAUUUGCCAUGGUUUUUCUCCCUGACAAUAGAUCCAGAGUUUUGCUUAUGAAGUGUCGUUGUCAACAAGUUGUCUGAGUAAAGCAUUGUUCUUUUGGGGGAAUUUUGUGUUCCUUAGCAGAGGACUGGCCACCAGAACUUAUUAGGAUUGUUUGUUAUCCAAAUACUCCUAAGAAGCGGAAUUAAAGACCAUUUUAACAAAUUUUUCUUUUGGAGAUCAGUGAUGUCAAAUUAGGGUUAGGGAUAAGGGGGUAUUCAUAAUAACUUAUCAAUGCCUGAUUUUUUUAGGGCCUUGAGCAAGUUUGAGGAAUGUGACUUCAUAUCAGUGCGAAACCAUCUGCGAUUGGUCCCUGGAGCAGCACUUAACUCUCUGACUGAGAAUCUAAACAAGUCUGCUUGGUCUGCAAAACUAAAUCACCCUGACACAACAUUCAGUCCCGUGUGGGCACCAGACAAGAUUGAGCAGACGGCUGAGCUCUCCUUGAUCCAGGCACAGACACUCUUUUUUACCUCUGGAAAUUUAAAAGCAAAGACAAAGGACAACAAUUCGAAAGAUGAAAAAAUCAUGUAAGUAAUUUGGAAGAGUAGGUUAUGUCAGUUUUUUUAGUGCUGCUCUUGUUUUGCUUCUCCUGAAUCUCUAAUUUGUCUUUAAUAAAAAUUGCAUUUCUUCUUUCAGCCGAUCGGAUGUGAACCCAACCAGUCUUUACUUUGGUUUCGGUUUUACCAUUCUCAUUUGGAUUGGAAACCAAUGUCAUUACUUUUUUUUUCUCUAUAGUCAAACUAUAAAAGAGUGCGUCCAUCAUGCCACUUCACUUUCGGAAAGAGUUCUUCAAAUUGGAACAUUGGGCUGGCCACUGGAAGUGUCUGCCUCACAUAUCACACAAUUGCAAUUUGCUACAGCUAUGGAAGAUAUGGUAGAAUCUACUCGUCAUCAGGUAUUUUCCCUACUUACAACUGCUACUUUGCCAUUGUAGGUCAGAAACAACAGCACACCAAUCCCAUGCUGUGAGUUACUGCAGAGGGUCUAACAUUUUGUAUGGCUUGUGGUAAAGAAAAAUUUGAAUCAGUGCUACUCGUGCUUCCAAAAGCUUGUUGGGGAGGGGGGUUAGGGGGGUUGGGUUGAAUUUGAAUGAUAUCGGUCAAACUAUACCAGUCAGUAGUCUGUUGUACUUUGGUAAGCAGGAAUGGCUAGGUGAUGAAAGCAAUUGUCUCUCCAGUUCGACCCGAAAAACAGAGGACAAAGAGUCAUCGUAGAGAAGAUCACAACUGAAUUCCAAUUUAUCUGCUUUUAUGCUUAGUUUGGGGCAAGUUGAUUGUGGUAAAAAUAAUGCCAAAUUCUUUGUUACUCUGUUUCUUUAUUAGGAGGAUUAUUCUCCAUCAUUUUUACGUGGAAUUGGUAAUUUUAAUGUUGAUCACACUCAGCACGACUGUGCUGUCCUGAUGAAAGCAUUACGAUUUUGUGGAAACCUUCAUUACUUGGCCAAUUCGAUGGGAAAACAUCAAAAUCAGUUCAGGAGGGAACUGAUUUCAUUACAGAUGGGAGCAGUUCAACUUGCACGGAAGCAUCACAAUUUUAGUCUAGCACAAAAGCUGUUGGUGAAACAAAUGUCAUUGCUUGGAAAUACAGCUAAGGUUUCACAGGACUCAAACUGCAGCAAGAAACAUUUUUUUGAGCUAUUUAUGGAGAGCUUAAAUGAUUUAUCUCUAGCCACUGCCAAACCCGUUGAUGGAAUGGAAAUUCAACGAGAAUUUUCUAAGUUGGCUUUUUCCAUGGGUCACCCUUCAGAAGCUGUGUUUUCUCUUGCCGAGAGCAUUUCCCAUUAUGCAAACCUGGGAGAUAUUGACUCAAAUGUGGGUGCGUUAAACUCAAAAUCACUCCUCACACUUGCCAAAUGGCUGCUUAAUGACCGGAAACUUCUAACUGCAGUCACGAAGGUUAAUGGAAAUGGUCUCUCUGUAGCGGCAAAAAUCAAUUCCUUGUGUGAGUUAGAGACAAGUUACGUGAGUCUUGGUCAUAGCAACCUUAUCCCCGCCCAGGAAGAAUCCGAGAACGGUUUGAAUUCCAGCUUUGUCACCAGUGUGGCCAAUGGUGUCACUGAUGCAGAAUCAGUUUGUGGCCAGCUUCUGCACUUGGCCACCAUGCAAGCACCAGAUCUGGGCAAAGCUUGGUUCAACUUGGCUGGGUGGUGUUACCGAUGGGGAAGAAAGACUGUUGAGCAAGCCAGGUUUGUUUAGUUGUAUUAUUCUGAGAAACUGCUUUUCGCGCACUGCUUCCAAAACAAAAUGCUGCUACUCGCGAAACGAUUUACAAGGACAUUAUUCUUUUGCAGGACACUUAUUUUUAGGAAAAUUUGCCAUGCUUCAUGAAACAAUUUGUGACUUCAUUCGCGACUUGUCUUCGCGAUCUGUCGUAGCAGCUUCGUACCUAGUGUGUCUAAGGUGUCAGCGUUUUAGUUGCCAAGUCUCUUCCAGUGGUGAAGGAACAGGUGACACCUCAGUCUAUAUUGAACUGUCCGCAAGGAAGAGUUUUUCUUUCUUGUUAGGGAAAUCUAGGUAGUGAAUUAUAAAAUCCGUCGUCGAAAAGAUUGAUGGUUGAUGAUGCAAGCAAAAUCACAGGCGGUCAUUAAAUCCUGAGAAAACUCGACUGUGAAGAAAGCUCGCAAAAUUUUGCAUGUCUACAAAGCCCUCACUAAUGAGUUAUGUUUGCUUCUCUUUAUUAUUCUUGUUUAGCUCAAUGGGGAAUGUAGAUCUUUUACCACAAGAAAAGGAAACAGUCCUACAGAGUCUACCUCAGGUAGGGGCAGUGUCCGCCUCCAUUCUUCCAGGGUUUUGCUUGUGUUGCGAUUUGAUUGAUUGCCAAUGUUAAAUCUCGUUUCUCAUCUUUUUAGAAUGCUCGUCCGGCUGAGGUGGAGUCUGUUAUGCUUGUGCUGGGUCAAGUUCACGUGACGGCAUACUUUAACCAGGAAGAGGAUAUUGGUGAAGAGGAUCAGGUACUAUUGUCUUGUUUGUUUGAUUAGUUCUGCUUUUACAAUUGUACAAUUGUAGUAUUUGCUCGUUGCCGUCACCGUUGCGAUUGCUCAAGAUCUCUAACAGUUUGAUUUUCAUUUGAAAUUGACAAUUGUUUUUUAAUGAUGCGGGAUUUCAUUGAUUUUACUUUUCUACGCUCUGUGAUUGAAUUAGGAACCUCGCGCCGCCCUCUCCACAAAUCUGAUGUAAAACUGAAACCAGUCGCGACCUAAUCACUAAAGUUGGUCACUGUUGAUUCAAAUGGUGGGAUAAAUUAGCAGAUAAUACUAUCCACAGUAUAAAUCGCCAUCCACCUAACCUGCGGAGCAGGCGUAAUUUUGGCGAGCGAGUGCUCGGUGUUUAGUUAGCGAGAAUUAUGACCACCUUCUUUUAUUUUAAUGGCAGCGGAAGGCUGGGGAGAGAAAGAAAUUUGUACCAAGGGGGAGAGCGACGGUCAAAAAUAGGGAGAGGGGUGAGGGUGAGGGGAGUGAAUAUUACUACGCUCCACCAGGAAAAUUUCACAUUCGAAUACUUGCACCUAUGACCUGCUUGCUACUUUGAAUGCUCCUCCACUGCGCUGUAGUAAGAAUCUUUAUGACAUUGAAACCUUUAUUUAGGAGAUUGUGGCUGAAGUGUGCUUUACAUUUUAUAGCUGUACGACGACGGACUGGAAAACACCAAGAAACAGCUUUUGACUGUGUGUCCUGGGCUACAUGACGCUCAGCCGCAGCUGCUUGAGAAUCUGUUGUCAGUGUGGAAAGGUGUUCGAGACAGACUCUUUAAACACUACCAUUUUGCUGCCAAGGCAUACUUCAUGUAUCUCAAGAUGGGAAGUGAGGUAAUUGAAGGACUUGCUGAGUUGCCCUUUCGAGAAAGAGAUAGACUUGAGCAGUAUGUUAUUUAGUUUAAUGUCAAUUAGACUAAGUUCAGCUCAAGGCGUUUUCGGUGAGCAGUCUAUGUCACAAGUGUUUAGGCUCCCGUGGAAUAUUGUGACAACGAAGACGUUAGAGCGGCCUUUUUAACCGGUUGUCUUUCACUCUUGGGUGGUCUGUAGCAUUUCUUUUAAAGUGUUUUCCCAUCCCACUCUGACCUCUGUUUUUCCUUCCACUAAAAUAAUCACUGUUGACGGGUUGCUUGAAUGGAAGCUCGUGGUUGGAUUCGGGAAUUUGCCAAACAUGAAGGCAGUAUUCUAUCUCGGGUCUGGCUGGACACCCUGUCAACCCUGUGAAUACUCAAGCCACCCACGGUUCAUUUUCAUGCGGGGCAGUGGUUGAUUUGCGGUAAAUUUUGAUGAACACUUGUUUUGGGAAAGUAAGACCCGGUAUUUGAUUUACUCUUCGUAUCCUGCUUUACUCAGAAACCACAGCUUCACGUCAUUGGAAGAGUUUACCAAGCACUGAACGUAUUGAAGUUUAUAAAAUUUGUAUCAAUUGGUUUAUUCCUGUCCUUGUAGGAUUUGGAAAUGUCUUCUGUUAAGAAUACAGAUCAAAAUAAACGCGGGACCAAGAACAGCGACGACGAUAGUAACGUGACAGCCACCUUGAGAUUGCUGCGUCUCCUUGUCAAACACGCUGGUGAGCUCCGCACUGAACUGGAGGAAGGACUGGUAAAGACUCCUACAAGACCUUGGAAAGGUAUAAUUUUUCAUCGUGAAAGAGCCAUAAGGCAGUUUGUGAAUCUUGACGAAUUAAGCCUUGUGUUUGCCAUGUGCAAUCCGUGUCAUUCUUCUUCAUAGAAGAAUGUCGUUCCCCCCCACCCCCUUUUUUUCUUCCUAUUGUAGUGUUUUUCUGCUGUAAUUAAGUUCAAAUUCCGUAGUUUCCUACAUUUUAAGGGUAAUUUUGCGCCUAUCUGAAAACGGCCGAAAACAUUGGACGUUAUUUUCGAUUGAUUGUUGUAAAAUUAACGCCAGACAUCCCUUGUUAAUGUCAACCGCCAAUCAUAGCUAAGGAAUCAGAUUGCAGUAUUUGCGAUAAAACGCUAUUGGAUACUUAAUCUAGUCAGCUCCUGUCAAAUAGACCAAGUAAUCUGAAAAUUAAAGCAAAAUAUUAAUUGUGACUUUGGUGCCCCAUCAGACAUAACUCCUCAGCUGUUCUCGCGACUGAACCACCCAGAGAGCUAUGUGCGGCAGAGUGUAUCUGAGUUGCUGUGCCGUGUUGGUCAGGAUGCACCACACCUGAUAGUGUAUCCUGCAGUGGUUGGUUGUUCCACAUCUCUCCCAAAGUACUUGCUAAACAAAGGAAAAGAAGGAGAAGGUAGAAAUUCCUUGUUAAUUCGUGGCAUACUCUUUGCAAUCUUCACCUCAAGAAAUCUUUUUUGCCUUAAAGAAAAGAUUUAUCCCAUCUUGAAAAUUUUAUUUUUCCACUCACUCUUCUCACCAUGCAUUGAUAUUGUUAAGAGGUUGGAAAUAGCUACAAGAAUCUGGGAAUAUUUAAGAAUGAAGGAUUUAAGGAUUAAUAGUACUAAUAGUACAGAUUAGUGUUGUGUUUCAUUUGGUUGGGGUGUAAAUGUUACAGAUAAAAAACCGUAAAGGUGUUGCUGAGACACUUUUGAUUUGUUUUAUAUCUUAUACCAAAUCUUACCUCCCUGGUUUCCUACAUAUCUUUGUGGCUUCGUUAGGCAUAGGUGGAAUUAAACCAAACAUUGCAAAUUCUAAUUGUGUGAGCACUGAACAAGUUCUUGCAAACUAUUACGUGCUACAUGGGCGAAUUAAGACGUCUAUUAAUCACGUUUUUAAUAUUUUUUGGGCGGUUAUGAAUUUUAGGUUUGCUUCCACUUCUUGUGCCCACCGCCACUGAUGUACCUUCAGAAAACAGCCAAAAUCAAGGUAUCCAGACAGGUGAAACGCAAGGUAGCAAGACCGAGAGUGAUGCAUUAACUACUUGCUACCAGACUAUUGUUGAAUCCAUCAGAACACACAAUCCUCAGUUGGUCUCUGAACUUCAGGGAUUUAUUAUGGAACUUCGAAGAAUCACUUUGCUAUGGGAAGAAUUGUGGCAUGGAUCACUCAUGCAGACUCACCAUGAUGUGACAAGGCGACAACAGCAACUUGAGGAUGAGAUCAAGCGGGUCAGCGGUAACCAGAAUCUGACCAAUCAGCAGAAGGCUACAUUGAUUAGAGAAAAACACAUUGCUAUCAUGAAACCAGUGAGUGUCGUGUGUUUUUUUAACUGAAGUUUGCGGCAUAUUAUAAAAUGCCCCAUUAGAAAAAUGAAGCCAUCACAGAAUUCAUAUUCGAAUGUUGAUAACUGAAGUUGUCAGUUGAUCUUUUACUUAUUUUUGGGAACUGAAACGUUUCUAGCCAUUUUUUUCAAUAACGUGGAAGGCUACUAACACCCAAGAAGAAAUUUUGCCUUAUUCACUCUUUAAAAUGUCUUUCUCUGUUGACUCUGUUUAGCUGUAAGGUCAACAGGGAUCCCUAGAAAGUAUAUCGCAAAACUGUUCCGUAAAUCCUAUUUCUUUCAGGUUGUAUUUGCAAUACAACAGUUGAACAAGAUAACCUGCCAAGAACCUGCCACGCCCCAUGAGCAGUGGUUCCAGAUGAGUUACGAUGGUGCUAUUCGAUCAGCUCUUGAUGCUCUACAAAAUCCACCAGAGCCCGCGGACCAUAGAUCCAGCUGGGAGCCAUUUAAACAGGUUAUUCAAAGUCUUACAAGAUGUUACUUUCGUUUUUUUAUGUGUUUUUGUUUGUUGAUUUUAGCUUUAUAUGAGGGUUGACUGAACUUCAGUUUCCCAGAGUUUCGUUGUAGUCUGAUAUUGCUGAAAAUAACAGGGUCGGUGGCAAGUUUUAGAGAUAACCCAUACGGUCGUGUAGGCUGCAUCUCACUUAAGUGAAUGCCUGGAAUAGAUAACAAAACUUGGCUAAAUAACUGGCCAAGUUCACUGACUUAUAGUUCCUCCAGUUACACAACUCCAAUGAAUGUUCCAAGAAGCUGACAAGUGUCAUUCACGCACGUCACUUCUCUCUCACUUCUUAUCUUAUUGGACGUUGUAUCUUUGACCUUCUUACGGAAACGUUUUCCAGCGCUAAUCAAUCAGCCUUUGUAAAUUGCUUGUCUAAAGCAUUCUCAAAGUCCCUUUCCCAUCGCCUUCUUGGUGUUCCAUUUUCUCCCUUCCAAUUUAUCAUUCAAUGUAAGAAAAUCUUUCCUUGAGCAUCGCUUCUUCUGAAACGACCAGAAUACAUCGAGAACUUCCUCUCGUCAGUUACAAUACAUGUAAUCGUCUUUGUUUUUUACACCUGCAGCUUCUGCAAGCCUUUCAAGCGAGAUCACAAAAGCGUUCAGCCUACACUCUUCAUAUGGACGAGAUCAGUCCUGCAUUGUCCAGCAUGAAAGGCUCUGCAGUAUAUAUGCCAGGCCAGACACAUUUCAGUGGAAAGGUAACAUAUUGUUUUGCUUGUGUACAUGUAGUACAGGAGAUAAAGUGGUUUAUAAGCUUUAACGGUACAGUGCUUAAUGACUGAGAAUAUAUGAAAAUCAUAUAUGUGAACUACAGAUUAAGAGAUGAAUAUGAAAGCGAUCUUCUCAGUAAUGAAAACUACUGUAGCAGUGGUGAAAAUAAAGCCUGAAAAAGUGUUGUUGUGCAUGGUAUUUGAACCCAGGACGUCUGCGAUAUCGGUGCAGUGCUCUACCAACACGUGUUCACAGUCACGGUCAUUUCUUCAUCACUUCACGGGUUUAUAACGAACCAACAUACGACCAGCUCCCAGUUAAAUUGUUAGCUCAGUCGAUAGGCCUCUUUUUUUCACUACUGGUUAAGUAGUGUUUAUUACUGCGAAGAUCGUUGUCAUAUUAACAGUACUUAAUUUCGACUUGGGUUUGAAUGUAUUGUGUUACAGCAAUUUCGUCCAUUAUAUUCAGUUUUACUUCUUAUUUGUCACGAAACGUGGUGGUGGUAAGGAAUUAGCGUCCACAUGUUAAAAUUCCAUCUUCAGAACAAAUUAACUCCUCUGAUAAGUGUUACCAUUUCAUUUAAAUUUACAAACAACAUGAAUGAGCCUUCAAAAACUGUUGGGCUGGCCUUUUUUUUUACAAAAACCUAGUUUUAAACCAUUUGAAUCUUAUCCAGUUUUGUUCAUCUAUGGUUUACUUCAUGUUUAGUGUGUUGGCUUAAUGUUUCUUUACAGUCUUAACAAUAACAAAUGUCCUUUGGACUGAAUUUUGUAACAUAGCUCCCUUAUUGUUGUUCAACGUUGAGCUAACUUGAUUGCCUGAAUGGCUGUAGCUACAUCUAAAUACAUUUUCAUUUUCAUUAGAUCGUCACCAUCGAUUCUGUUGUGAGAGAAGUGAACAUCCUCCCCACUAAAACUAAACCCAAGAAGCUGGUAUUCGUUGGAUCUGAUGGGCAGAGGUGAGAAAACGGAUCUGCCUUAUUCUUUUUGCAUGAAGAACUCUGUAUUAGCAAGAUUUGUUUACCUGCUGGAAACAAAUUUGGAAACAAAUUUGGAAACAAAUCAGUUGUUAUCAAGAUUUUAACUUGUGCUUUAUAACCCACUGUUGAUAAUCUCCCAAAUCUUUCUAUGUUUGCCCUAAAAAAUUGAUUUCUUGCUUGUAGCUCGAGUCCUCUGAUUUCAAAACGGAAUACGAACUAUGCAAUUUUUUGUUCACGCCCACGACUGAAUUAUUCGAAAGAGUUUGAGGGUCAGAUGCAAAUCUGAUAUAGAAUUAAGAACUUCCAAAUGAAGUGUGCGUUAAGAAUGGUCCAGAAAUGAUUCAGUUUACAAAUAUUUGUGUUUUAUUUUCACCCUCUACAUUCUGUUCAAAUGUUUUCUUUCUUUUUCAGGUACACCUACUUAUUCAAAGGACUUGAAGAUCUUCAUCUUGAUGAGCGAAUCAUGCAGUUUCUCUCCAUCUGUAACAACAUGUUUACCCGAGUUGACAGGUGACAAAUUUAUUAUAAAUCGAUGUUACUGUCUUACUUGAGGUUUUUAACCUUGAUAGACUACUCUUUGAGCUAUCCGGAUACACCAAGCUAGAAGAAUUAAGUAGAUGUAGUGUAAUGCAUGUAACCUAUUCGCUGAUUUCGAGUACUUUUACGUAUCCUCGAAUAGAUUUAACACAACACAAGUCGUUUUCUAACAAGCAGAUCUUUUUUUUUUAAUUGGCUGAAAGGUGGACAAAAUAAGUUUCAUUCUCACGCUUUGUCGCUUUUGUAAAACCCAGCUCGUAAGUCGCUCUGCCAUAUCAGGAGUCAGUUAUUGCUUGGCAACUGGCACCUGGAAAGAACUAGCAUCCCACCCAAGGGAUUGGCAAUACUUCGAGUCGCUUUAUGCCAAGGAAACAGGAACGAGCUUGUGUGAUACUGAGCUCGUGAGAGUGAAUCUUCAUGAUUACAUAUCUUUGCUUUCUUUAGCCACAAUUCUCCUCUGUUCUGUGCCCGCCAUUACUCGGUCACUCCUCUUGGACCGCGGUCUGGUCUUAUUCAGUGGGUAGAUGGUGCCGUUCCUGUGUUUGCCUUGUUUAAACGCUGGCAGCAGAGAGAGGCUGCCUCCGCAGCGUUGAUCAAAUCUGCACAGGUAGGGUCAAUGUGAAGGCAGUACAAAGCGUACGUUCUUAAUGUAAUGGUUUUUGUUCAUUAGGUUUUCGUUAGGUAAAUGAUACAUGCCAACGAUUAGUAGUAUUGGUGUCACCUUCGCUUAGCAAAUAGCUAUAGGGUGUUAUCUAGUCAGGGCACAUAAACGUGGGAGAAUUAUAUGUACAACGAACAAAACUUUGAACAUCUUUGCUUAGGAUAACUGAUAAAUGACACUAAGUUGAAUUAAAUGACAAUGAGUUUUAUUUUCAUUGUUAUCAUCUCCUCCUUGAUGUGCUUAAAUCAAAACUUUGAACGUCUCUACUUAUUAACUUAACCUUGUGGUUACCUUUUAUUCAACCUAAUCUUGAAAUGAAAAUUGUAUGGCGUUUUUUGUAAAAUUUCAGGGUGCGAAUCCACAACCUCCUCCCCCUAUGAAACCAAGUGAACUAUACUAUAGCAAAAUGACUCCUGCCCUUAAAGAGAAGGUAAGUCUACGUCUUGCUCUGUCAGGACGAAAACAUACCAAUUUUUCGUUUUAUUUCAGUCAGUUCUUGAUAUAAGAAUCAUAUAUUUCAUAAUUUACAGGGUAUUACAGACCUGAACAGCAGAAGAGAGUGGCCACUCGGUGUCAUGAAACAUGUUUUGGAGGAACUCAUGAAGGAAACUCCCAAUGAUCUUCUCGCCAAGUAUGUCACUUCUGUUUUAUCGUUACUCCUGCUCUGAUAUAUUCGUAUGCCGGAAUAACUUGAAAAAAAAUUACUCAAGAUCUCCCUCUCCCACUGAUUCGUAACAGGCAAUUGGCAGCCAAACUCUCUCUCAGUUUGGUUUCUGACUGAAAAGUUGGGAGUCGGUAGAACGUCCUCAGUUACCUCGAGCUUCCCAGAGGUAUUGAUCGGGUUUUUCAUUCGGAGGGUCCAACUCCAACGUCUCGCUGCGAACCGGAAACAUAUCAGGUUUUUAUAAAGGUUGCGGGGGUUGGUGCUUGCUCCCUGUGAUCCCCGUAACUAAGUGAAAAUAAUUUGGGAAGUGGCAAAAUUGUACAGAUUGCAACAUAACUUCCUCAUUUAAACACUGAUUACAUGAGACAUCUUCGGAUCCUCUUUAGAGAGCUAUGGUGUUCCAGCACCAGCGCCACAGAAUGGUGGCAGAUGACGCAGAGUUAUGCUCGGUCUACGGCGGUCAUGUCCAUGAUUGGGUACAUUAUUGGUCUGGGAGACAGACAUCUGGAUAACAUGCUGGUAGACUUUACAACAGGAGAGGUGAGACAUCUUAGUAACUCUUCUCAAAUUCUUACUGCGAUUUAAGAGGCGUCAAGUGAUGAAUUCUAUUAGAGAAUGUAUUAAGUUAAUGUUUCAGUUAAAAACAUGAGCCUCAGGUAACUGUGAGUAGUGUGCAGGGCGCACCAUGUAAACAGGAAGGGACUGUAAGGAAGUAAAAUGUAAAAAAGAAAAUCCAUAGGAGAUUAUGUAUGGGCACUUCGCUUAGAUUAACCAACUCUCUGAAUAGGCGGUGUUACGAGCGGAUCAGGACGAUGGAAAGUGGAAAUGUGAACCGGAGUUUCAGCUUCAAGUUUCGAUCCACUCUGUAACUCAAUUGGAGGUUCUUUUUUUCAGUAGUCUGAGGUUCAACAAUUUAAGUUCCGCUUUAUCUAGAGACGCUAAUACAUCGUUAUUGGUGUAAAGAUUUCGUUUUGCAUUAUAUCUUGCUGACACAUCAUUUGCAUAAUUUUCUGUUAGGUUGUCCACAUUGAUUACAACGUAUGCUUUGAGAAGGGAAAAGGACUAAGAGUUCCCGAGAAAGUUCCGUUUAGAAUGACACCAAACUUAGAGACUGCUUUAGGAGUAACAGGAGUAGAGGUAAUGCUAUGUUUUUGCUCAGAAAAUAAUAGUUCAGAUUCGUGUGUGGGUAUUUUUUUUUUUCAUGAUUAUUUCACUGAUCAUCAGGAACUUACGUGGUAAAAGUCGUUUUUCUGACAAUGUGAUUUCCUGGUUCGACAGUUGGCAACUUUGAUUCAAUUUAUUUCUUACUUUGAUUAUAACAUAUAUAUUUUCUGUUUAAUCCAAAAUUCUGAGAAAUAAUUGUGUUUAUUAUGACAUCGAUGGGGUUUUCGAAAUAAUUUAACAAAAUUUUUUUUCUUUUCAGGGAGUUUUCCGUUUAUCUUGUGAAGAGGUUUUAAAGAUUCUGAAGCAGGGUCGCGAGACACUCCUCACUUUAUUGGAAGCUUUUGUUUACGACCCUCUGGUAGACUGGACCACUGCUAAUGACACCGCUUUUGCCAGUGCAUUUUACGGAGGGGGUGCCCCGGGUGUCACUGACAACAAAGUGAACAAGAAGGAGAUGGAAAGAGAUGUUACACAGAGUUUGUUUUCUUCACGAGUGGCGGAGAUGAAAGUCACUUGGACGAACAACAAGUGAGAAUCAAAUUAAAUGUGACUUCUGAAAUUCAAGUGGUUGAAUAACUUUAUUUCCACUUUGAUCUUGUAAUCUUUUAACGAAAAUGACAAAACCCAUGUUUGAUUCAUAUUUGACCAGCUCAGACUGAGCCUUCCGUGUAGUUGUCAUUUGGUGUCGUCUUGCAUUGUUCCCAAGUACUACUGGUUAGAGAGGAAGUCGUGCUUCACCAAUCAAAUUGUCAGCUGUAGAGGAUAUUUAAAUGUGAUUUUCCAUGUAAAUUAACAAAUAUCCACCUUUCUUAGGGGGUUGUACACCUUGAACAUCUGGAUAAAAAGUCAGUUUUUGUAAUUACACUCAAAACCACUCCUUUAGAAAGGGUUUUUCUUGUUACCUUGUAAGUAUGUAACUUCUAACAGGUGGGUUUAACCUUGAAUGAAUUAGGGAUGAAUUGCUCUCUGGCAUGACUAAGCUGGAUGAACAACUAGAUACCUACCUGUCGUCACUGAAGCAGUUAAAAUCUAUGGACGUGGCUACUGAGGAACUUAAAGAUCAGCAAGAGACUCUACAAGCGGCUAUUAGUAACCCUCAACAUCCCUUACAUAUGGUACAGGCCAAGUAAGUUGACUCUAAUGUCCAUAAAGGAAACUAUUCAUUUGAGUUUCGUGAACAAAAACCGUAGAUAUCAAUCGGAAAAGAGUUAAUUCGCACAGCGGCCAAUAGCAAAUUAAACUGCGCGAAACGCGGGAAAACGCGUGUGACUAGGUGGCGAUUGGUUUAACUUUUGCCACUGAUUAGUUGAGACGGUGGCGCGAUUUUUUUAGACCAAUCAAAGUGCGAGGCGAUGCAAGACCCAUUCAAUCCCGAAUCACCCUAGCCACUCAUUAGAAAUUCCUUUACCUACGAAAUUCUUUUCUCUUUACCGUCGUAUUGAAAUAAUUACUCUUAGCAAUAUUUUCUAAGUCUACAUGAUAGCGUUUUCUUUCUUAAAGAUUUGAUGAAAAGAAGAAACUGCUGGCCGAUCAUGAUGCAGUUCUCCAAAGCAUCAAUGAAAAACUUGCCGAAUGUCAACAAUGGCAGGCUCAGCACAAGGUUAGAAAGGUCUCGUUUGUAUCAAAGGACGAAGAGAUUUACAAUAACUUAUGCCCAAACAUGUGGCUUGGCCUUAACAUUCCCUAUUCAGGCUUUCCGUUCAUAGAGGAGGAUCAAUUUGCCUCAAACUUGUCUCAGGCUGUUUUAUAUGUUACGCAGUUUGGCUUGAUCGAUUCAAGUUUGCGAAGUUACAUGUAUACAGAAGAGGUGUGGUAAACUAUGAUUCAAUCCUUUAAUUUUUUAGUUAUAUGAUGCUUUAGUCUUUGGAAUUUAACUUACAACUUUGUUUGCUUUAGGCCGCAAUGGAGACUGUUCACGGCCCAAAGCUUGCAGCCCUUGUAGAAGAACUUUAUCAGCCUCUUGAUCUCGGUGAGAAAGAGUACACUUACAAUACUAGCGGUAGAUCUGAUCUUACAGUGCUUUGCAGUCAGUUUGUUUUCACUUAAAGACGAUUAAAAUUACCGAGUUUAGAUAUUCUUGUCGACACGCUCAAAGUCACCUUAAAGAUAGCAGUUGCAAAGUAUCUCACUUUCUCGCUUGUUUCAAUGAUCAGGUCUUCCAAGCUUUGCUCCUGCAAUCAGUUUCCUACAAGGUGCAGGACAAGGCCACAUUGUCAGUCAGGUAAAUAUUUCAACAAUGAUCACUUUUGCUGCUCUUUUUUUCCGCUCAAAAUGUUUUAACGUCAGAAAGAUUGUAGGUGUUACGUGUUAGGUUGUACAAGCCAGGGGCCAAACCGCCCAAACUAUUAACUCGUCCCGCUUUCCAGUAAUAGUAGCCCUUCGACAUAAGAUGCUAAUACAUCAUAUACAUACGUGGGCAAUCUCCUUAACAACUCAUUAAGUCUCUAUUACUGUAUGCUGGUGCCUAAUUACACUUUUCGAAAGGGGAAGACAUUAUUAGGGUAGCGUGUUUUUCCAAAAAAAAAACAUAAUGACGUCAGCCAGGGUACCAACAAUUCGGCCUAUGUGCUUCCUGGAAAAAAAAAGCUAAAAGAACGUGCAAUAUCCCUUCCUAUCAUCGUUGGUAACACUGCUAUUUUUAUUCUCGAUGUGCUGAUGCCCUUCUUUCACAAACAGGACUUCUCCAAAUUAUGGGCGUAAAAGCAAAGUUUCUUAAUUUAUGUUUUCGCCCGGAAGUCCUUUACCUUAAUUCUAACUUAAUCAGUUGUCGUUUUAGUAACAUUCCAUCCAUUGCCAUUUUGGUAACAUUAUUUUUCAUUUCUUCAAAUUUUUCAUUGUGCAGUGCGAGCAGCUUGAAACAGAACUGUCAGGCUUACUUCAUCAGAGACGUACCAUGUUCCGCUCUUGUUCGGAUUUGCUGCGCACCUAUGCCACUGUCACAUCUCUCGUAAGUUUGCUUCCCCUCUAUACAUAUGGGGUUGUAUCUGGUAGGUUUAUAAAUUAAGCUUGAGAUGAGUGGUCUUCGUUUGUUGCAAUUGCUGUUGUUUAAACCCUCUUCGACUUGCUAUGGCAAAGCCGAAAGUAAAGCAAACACAAAUAUCAAUGAUAAGGUGAUAUCACAUGGAGCCAGCGCGAACUCGAGGGAAGAGGCGAUUGGUUUCAGUUUUGAACCUGAUUUGUCGGGAAGUUGGAGCGAGUUUUAGUGACAAAUCUUAUAGAGUAAGAAACUAAAAGCAGUUCAGUCCUUUGUUAGUUUCGACACUCAGUUGAUGGUCACCCCAUACUGUUAUUAACUCGUGAAGGAAUUUUCUUGCAUAAAGAUGAUCUUUGUGUCUUGCAGUUUCCAUCAGAUUAUGUACAGCAGAACAGAAGUUUCGAAUGGCAGAGUUGGCUUCAGUCUUUAGUGGAAGAUUCCUCAACCAAGAAGUAUGAUUUUUCUCUUGUAAUAAUAACGAAACGAUUAUAACUAUGGAACUACAAUUGGGAAAGAAAGCUUUUAAGGAAAAGAUAACUUACAUGUUUCCCGUGGGGCUGUGCAGACAACAUCUAGCUGUUAUCAUGUGACCCUUGCGGCCCUCCGUACGCUUGUAUUGAAGUAAAAAUUUUUAAAAAAUCCUGUACGCAAGGGCGCGAGCAGGACCGGAAAAAGCUGUACAGUGCUCCUAGAUGCGAGUUGAAAGAACAUUAAAAGAAAGAUGUAGAGCAGCAUUGUUAUGAUAAAAUGCUACUUGAGAGAGCUAGAUAGGGUCAAACAGAUAUUUGACUCCCGGUCAUAAAGCCAAAUAGUUUCCUGUCGGGCACUCCCAGGUAGUCAUUAAGUGUAUAAUAUUUUUAUCAUCGGUAUUCUAGAUAUUAUAUUGAAGGUGUAAAGAGAAGCUAAUAGUGAAUCACCUCAGCGAGUUAAUUGGUUAUAUAGAGGGUAUGUUCUUUUUUUAGGUGCCAGGAAGUUAUAGAGGAGAGCGACAAGCUGCACAACAAACCUGUGGCGGACAGUCCUCUUACUCUCGCAGAAGUGACUGGGUUUAUGACCAUGGAGGUCAAACUACAGAGCAGUUUGACUGAACAGAAUGCCAAGUUUAUUAAGGUAUAUGUGUUCGUUAAGUUUGUUGAUUUAACAUCCCGUGGAUUGCCUCAGGUGAAGUUGAAAACAAAAUGAGUUAGUAUUUUCAACAACUUUUUAUGAAAGUGGACGUUUUAGAUUAUUUUGGAACACGGCACAACUGUUAUUCAAAGAAUAACUCAUGAUGUUUGUAGACAUGAAAAUUUAUCCAUUCUGAUUGGCAUAGAGAAAUGCAGUUUUCAAUGAAAACAAAGCAGAUGAGAGGUGAAUAGUUUGUAGUCGGUUUUACCUUUCCUACUUCUUAUGCAUUAUUAAUUAUUUCAUAAUUAUUUCAGUGUACGCGGAGAGCCAAAAUAACUUUUUAUGUCAAGUUCUAGCCACUGAAAUGACUUUUUUGAGGGUAACAUUCAAAUUUUCCCCGUCUUUAGUGCUAUUUAUUUGUUCAUUAUAAACGAAUUUUGAUCCAUGUUGACCUCACACUCGGUCGUUGAACUAUUUAUCGAGUUGAUCGAUCAGCUUUUCCUUCCUCAUGUUCCUUGCCAUUCUUAAUCAAGAAAUUCGUUACUAUCCAAUUUUUUUUUCAACCACUACAUACCAAAAUGUUUAAAAUCUGAUUUGUUUCUUGCACAGUUCUCUGAACGUCGAAAACAAGAGAGUGUCGAGACAGCAUUCCUAAGUAAGGCUGUGGGUGAAGCCUAUGCUGCUCUGAAAAAGUACAUUACAGGUAAAUUGAUCUACAGUGACUUCAAAAUACCCAAAAAGCUGUUCAGUUUUGGGGAUAGUUUUGUGUCGGCCACGUGUCCUUUUAACCUUUUCACCCCUAAGAGUAACUGGCGUCUACUCUCUCCUUACACUAUGCCCCUUGAAUUAAAUAUAGAAGGCCACGAGAAUAAAGGAAUGUAAGAAUCUCCUGAUUAUCAUACAAAUUCUCCUGGUCAGGAUCAAAGGAACGUAAAGCGAACCAUGCGGAGAAUAGGGACGUUAAUGUGCGGGUGUAAAGUUUUAACCACACACUUAGUGAUUACAUCAAUUUGGCUGAGCUUAUUAUGUGUGUUCAAUACAGACCAUGCUCUCGCUGAUUUCAUCUCUAUUAUUAACGAGUGCAUAUGGUCACAACUCAUGCUGUCAUUUCCAGGAAAGCAGCCUGCGUCCUACCGUUGUCUUGCCAGUGUACUGAUUACUGCGUUGUGUUCCUUGAACAAGAGGUGUCUGGCAAUGGAGAACACAGCGAAAGGUGAGGAAGGAAACACAAAACAAAACUGUGGUUUUAAAACGUAGAUAGCAGCUCUGCUGACUGUUGUGUAUGUGCGAUAGUAGAUUAAUAAUAUGAAUAGUUUUGCUUGAGAAGAUUUCAUAAACCUGAUUGUGUGUGAUUUCUUUUCAUCAACCUUAAGUCAAGUAUUAUGUCGAGUUGAGUGUUCUACUGGAGAGUUUCUGGUAACUGCCACUCUCUCAAUGGUUUUCUUAGAUGUAUUUGUCAGAUUUUUUAUUCUUUGUUUCAUUUAUUAGCCAAAAACCAUGUUUUAAAAUUCUACUACUUUUUUCUUGUUCGCCAAUAGUUGCCAAAGACAGGUUAUCUGAUCUUACAUCAAGAGAAGGAGACUGGUUUCUUGACGAGCUAUGUUCCAUGAGUGGCAAUGUCAAUCAACUACUGUUGUUAUUGAAGGAUCAUCAAAUGGUAAGGGAUAAAAUUCCUUGGCUUAACCAUUUUCCACCCAGGAUUAUUGAGUGCAUAAAUUUUUCAUUACCUUUCUAGUACACACUCAAAUAUGCCAAGUUUUGAGAAUUGAGAUUAUCAUCUGAGAAAUAUUGUUUAGAUGUUUAUCCAAAUUCCCCAGUACGAAGCAAAAAAGAAAUAGAUUGUCAUCAGUUGGCAAAUUAAUAUUCUCAUCUCGGGAAGGAAAGGUUUGUUUAGAAAACUUUUUGGGGGUACGAGCCCGUUUUAAUUAUGCUUUCGGAAAAAAGUGGACUCUGAAACUCCAGUUUCCAGCAUAAAAAAAUAUAUUUGGUAAGAAAACGUCACGCGACGGCAGUAGCAGCACUUUAAGUUCAAACCUAAUUCACUCAACAGGAGGUAAAAGACGAUCAGCAAGCCAUUCUUGGGCAAGCACAGAACUCCAUGAAAGCUGUUUUCACAGUGCAGAGGGUGUUCAUGGCUUUACAGGUAUAUGAUAAAUCUUGAAGAUACUUAAGUAACUAAACAGUAGAUUUUUUGUUGUUGUUUGCACGAGUAUGGAAGAUGCAGUGGUCCAGAGGGGCCGGAUUCCGGGUCGAAAGGUCAAGGAUUGAAGCUUAGCCCGGUUAUUGUUUUGUGUUCGUCGGCUGGGCUUUUUACUCUCACAGUGCCUGUUUCAACCUAAGAAUGAAAAAUGAGUACACAGGCAAACUUGAGAAAGUGCUGGGGGCUGUCUGCGUUAAACUAGCAUCGAUUCACGGGGAAGUAGCAAUAAGCAAUACUCCUUAGAGUCUCCUCAUGGUAAAAGCACAGAGCAAAAACGGUAUAAAGUUCAGAUUGGCUUCAAAUGCGGAUAAUGUUACGUAAACUGCUUGGGUCGCUGAUACAGUGUCUUACUGAUGCUUUGUUUGGCCUCAGGCCAUCUGGGGUCUGCUCUGCCACCGCCUUGUCAAGUUUGCAUUUGAAACAGAAUCGCACCCAACAGAAAUUGGGUUGUUAGUUACAUCUUAAAAACUAAAGCGCUAAAAAUGCUGAUCCUGGUUAGUUAUAAUUAAACGUGUAUCAGGUGGAAAAACAUUAGUUCGAAUAAAAAUAUACAACCAUGUGAAUGAAGCCAGAAUUUCUCAGGUCUUAAAUUACGAUUUUGAUUUAAUUUUCAGGAACUGAUGACAAACUUCAGGACAAUUAUUGUUCCAGAAGCAUUUAAGAGCAUCUAUAGCGAAGACCCGAAUGUUUUUGCUGUAAUACAACAGGUUCAAACUGUAGCUCACAAGCAGAAAAUAAGUUUGAGAGAACUUGCCGAGAACCUCGAGGCUCGUCUUUUGGAAGGACACGCCUCUGCAGAGACGGCACAGGUGAAGGAAAAAUUAUACUGCUCAAGGAGAUUUCUUGAAAUCUUUCCUCCCGUCUCCCGUCUCCCAUCUCUAUAGUCCAUAAAACUCAAUGAAAUAUUUUUCUAUGGAGAAAGUUUCCUGAGUGUCUCUCUCUACCCAAGUAUUCCCCUUUCGUAACCCUUUCACUCUGAGUGGUGACCAAUAAGUAAUUUUUCCUACAUAAUCAAUGCAGUGUCAAGUAGAGAGGUGAUGAGAAGGAAGAAAAUUAUCAACAAGGAGAUUUCGUCUGAAUUAACACCAAUUCUUCAGUGCAAAAAUGGUGAGAAAUGUAUGGCAGAUGAUAAGGGAGAUUGAUAUGGGAAUUUUGCUAAAGAGACAGUAGCACUCAUUACAGAAUUUCCCUUCACAUUUGUGUUACAAUAUCGUGCAGAAAGGCAACGAGAACGAAGAAAGUUAUCAAAUUAAAUGGACUGUUUUAAGAGAACGCGAAAUUCCCAUUUCUAACAACCAAAGGAAUGUUUUUGAUCAGUUGGGAGAAAAAGCUCUUAGAUCUUUGGGUGAAAGGUCUAAGAUGACAGCCUUACUCACUGUCGCCGUUCUUUUGUUGUAGAAGCACAGCCCAGAAGAAGUUGAUGCAGUAAUUCAAGAGGUGCACAUGCAGUUUGAGAAGCUUCUUCAGACCAGCAAAAUAUCUGGCUCUGAUUCAGGUACAACACCAUCAAUAAUCCAGGGUUUUCAGAUUUGUAGUUUCAAACACUUUAUAGCCAAUGUUUUCUGACGUUUGUGAUGAAUGAAAAGACCAGCAACUGUACAUGCAAAUUGGGUUUGUGGUUGCUGAGAUGUCGCUGUCUUCUCACAGACUUCCCAUUGACAUACAAAUCUUAAAUGGAUUAUCACCCAAGGAGGAACAUGUAAUUAGGAUACUUUGGGUCAGUUGUUGCUACUGCGGAUUAUGCUCUCAAAAGCCAACAUCUGUAAUACUCUUAGGUAUUAAAUGAAUGUAGGUGUUAAUAAAUGCGCUCUAAGGGGAUACCGUUGUCGAAGGCAUGCAUCAAGCCUAGUGUAAUGAUUAACUUAAUGUUUAGCGUGUUGGACCCCGGAAAAAUAUGGGUCCAAGAUCCAAGAUCUCCGUGUUGUGUUCUUGAGCGAGAGGUCUUUCUCGCGUAGUGCCUCUCUCCAUUGACGAGUAUAAAUAGCUGCUAGAAAACUGUCGAGAAACCAAGCUCGACCAAACUAGAGAGAGUGACCGUUUGCUAGACCAGCUUCCCAUGUAGGGGAAGUCGAUUACUCCUAUUUGCCUCAUGCUACAGAAACUGGAAUGAGUACCAACAGCUAUGCGAGUCACUCUCGUAUGCAAGGGUAACCCUAUGAAGCCUUUUUUUUUUUUUGGCUAACCUUGUUGUGUAUAAUUAGGUGAGGACAGCAGCAGUUCAAUGACAUCCGGACAGAUGCUGUUGGCUGGAUUCAAUGGUUUGUUUACCAAAGUUGCCAGUGAACUAUCGGACAUGUUUACCGCUUUUGAGCGAGUUCACUUUGAUAAGCGUGCGUCAAAGUUUGAUGUAGUGCGAGAUGCCCAAAAACUCCAGGUGAAGAUCCUUUUAUGUUUGGCAUUUCAGAAUAGUACUUUGAUUGUUUUAAGUUUGUCAACCAUUUUAAUAUACGUUGGCUUCACCCGACAGGUAACAAACAGUGCAAAAAAUGCGGAACUUCUGGGCAAGUUGUUUUUUCUCAAGAGGCUGGAAGUCAUCAUCUCAUUCUUCAACAGCUGUAGACUGGUUACCUUGACGUUAAAAGGUAAUUCGUAACCUUCAAAUAACAACCAUAUCGUCCAUCAGUUAUCAAAAUAGGCUCGUUUGAGAUGCUCCUUCCUCUGCUUUUAUAAAGUACGAAGAUUUAGUGCUCUAACAUAUUGUAUCAUGUUCGUUCGUUUCAGGUGUGUCUCGCUCAGGAAGCGUGCCAGGUGCAGCAAAUUGCACUGCUGAGCCGUCGAACAACUUGUUUACGAACUCGGACAGCAGCCAUGCUGAGACCAAAGUCUGGAAUCCUGACAAAUGCUACAGUGAAGAUGACUUAGCAGUACAUGUGAAGCAUUUUAUCGCUGAUUGCGUUCAGCAAUGCAUUAUGGGCUUGCCGUCUCAGGCUCUGGCUGCGGUGGUUAUCAAAUUCGCGACGAUGUUGGGAAGUAAGGCAGACAAAGAAUUUCUCAACGAUGAAGAUGCUGUGAUACUGGAGGAUUAUUGCAAGAGGGUGGGUAUGAUCGAAAUGAAAUGUGUGUGGAGCUAUCAGUAUUAUAGGUGACCGCAUCACUGAGAAGUUUCACUGUUCAUAUCUAUCCACAGGACUUUUCUUACUUUUUUUUCUUUUUGUAUUACAAGGUUGUUGAUGGCAAUGUUUCCAGUGGACUGAUCAAGUCGAAGCAACUUUCGCAGAUCACAAGCUUGACAGGUUCUUAUGACGUAGCCUGGAGAAAACACGACUUUGCUAAGUACGAAACCGCAUUUUUGCGACACGUUCUCAUAACCGUUUAACUACUUAGAGUGACUAGCGUCUAAUUUCUUCUUACUAUAUCACACCUAAAAUACACAUUAAGCUCGUGAGAAUGAAGGAAAUGAUCACCACCAGCUUAAGAAGCUCUUGUCAGCACUUUUGGAAAUGUGUAGAGAACAGUAUGAAGAAUAUACAUACUGAUGUUGGGGUGUAAAGGGUUAAAGACAUUUACUACUUUCAUUACUUUCCUGCCCCGUAUGAAUCAGUAAGUUCACAUCUUCGAGGAUCUGAGUGUUUUGAAGGAUUCUGCAAAACCCGAACGUAAAUAGAAAUGGAGGAAAUAACUGUUGUGAUUCAUUUUGUGUUAGGUUCAGAUGUUUAUGUUUGUGUUUUUUGGGAAUGAUGACUUAUGAAAUUGGGGUCAAUAUCAGUAUCUGGGCAACUGCCCACUUACCCCUCCCCUAAUCCAACAUUAACCCUUACUUGUUAUCAAUAGACUGUUGUUGGGUUAGGGGAGGGGUAGGUGGGCAGUCGCCCAGGUACUGAUAUUGAUCCUGAAAUUGAGUUUGAGCUCGGAUGAAAGUCAGUUUACUUACGAGAUUUGUGUCCUAACACUGAAAACACAAUUCAAAGUCCAAACUACUUUUGUCAGACUGCUUUUUCAGGGAGGUCGUCCUCCUAAACAACGAUACGUAUCGUUUUCCCGGGCUACAAGUUAUGUGACUCUUUUUAAUGUCUGUGUGUCUGUCUCUAGACGUCUGGAUAACAACAUGAAUAUUUACAAAGGUGUGGUACAGCGAGCUCAGCUUCAACUGGCAAGAUUUCAGGUAGAGUUCUACAGUUACAACGUUUUCAUUGACUACGUUUUUUACUUUGACGUGCAUUGUUGUGAUGUUGUUUGCAGAGGAAUGAAUUGUCUUUGAAGUAUGUCUAUCUUUGUUUUUACUCCGGCCUUUUUAGUGGCUAUACGAGGAUAAUUUGCUGCAAUGUCCGAUGCGUGGUAACAACAUGAUCACACCAGCACGAGCUACUGUUAUGGCAGACCUGAAAAAGGUUAGGCGCAUUGUAUUGAGCAAUACGUUAUUUUUUCGAUAGUUGCCUUUUCCUAUUGUUCAAGAUAUCCAUAGAAGUAAGGCCUGACGUUUUUCAGACGCAACCAACGGGUGGAAUGAGAUUGCAAUCACUUACGAAUCAAUUGGAAAGGCCUUGUUUUAGCAUUUUAAACUGAACGGUACUUACAACUGAUACAUAGCGUGCUUCAUUACUAAUCACAACUUCAGUCAGUAGUUGUUGUUGUUAUUUUUUUUUUUUUGGUCAACUGGAACCUUUUUUCUCUUUCCUUGGUAACUUGAAUUCGUAGUUAUGAGCGAUAAGGGAGAAUUUUCGAGGUAAGGCUGCUAGAGGUGUUGAUUUCUAAGAGCCGCAGUCUUAAUGACUGUUUACGGUUGCUUUUUUUUUCUGUAGCGUGUCCAAGGGCUGAUUCAUAUGGACUCGGUAGUGAAAGGCGUGGAAGAGAAGUUAGGCGCUCAGGAGUCGAGUAUUGAACAACGCCUCAAGUGGGCAGCCGGAGCAAACCCUGCAUUGAACCCAGUGCUACAGAACUUUGAGCAAACUUUAGCAGAUAGAAAGAAGCUGAUGAUAGUAAGUUAGAGCGGUUUUCGAUUGAUAGACUUAAAAACAAUACCAAAGUUAUGACAACGGCCAAUUAGAACAAAGCUAAGAACUCAAAGAAGGUGCACGCUACGACCUCCAGCGCGGGAAAACGCGAGUGACGAUGUCGCGAUUGGUGUUAGUGUUGCAUCUGAUUUGCCGAUAGGGUGGUGCGAGUUAUUUUCUCGACCAAUCACGGCGCGCAGUAGAGCAAAACCACUGCAAUCCCGUACCACUUUCGACACCACCCUUUUGUACUAAAAACUUGACAACCUAGAUCUCUGUUGAGAAGGAUAGAUCAGUCUCGGCGUCAUGAAAAGGCUCGUCCACGCUUUGCACGUGUUUCUCUUGCUGCAACUGUUUGUUGCUUUGUUGUUGUUUUCUAGGUGGAGAGUAAACAUUCCUCAGAUAUCUGCAGCUUGUCAAAUGCCAUACUACACUGCGAGGCCUUACGGACACACACAGCAGACGCUCUUGGCGUAGACAAAGUCAUGACAACUUUGAUCAAUAGGUACUAUAUUAAUUAUUACUUUAUUGCUGUUAUUAAUGCUUGUUAGUUUCUAACAAAUGGUGCUCUCCUUGAAGUAACUGUUCCGUUGUUUAUCUCGAAAGAGAAUUUUUCAUAGUGUUUAUUGAUAUGGUGAUGAUGAUAAUGACAAUGAUAGCGGAGCCCGCAGUGCGCGCAAAGAGGGUGCGCAGCAAAGCUCCAUACAUAUAGAAGUGAUGAUGACAGUGAUCACGUUGAUGACAUUGACGACUACGACGCUUCACGCUGCACAGCCACUUGUGCCUCGUACGUUGUAUCGAAUUACUUUUCAGGUUUACUCUCUUAUUUUUUUAAAGUAACUUUCUCUAAAGAAAAACUCAAUGAAUUACCACUGCGCUCCUUACGACGUUACCUCGCUAAAUUCCUCAUUCUCUGUGGUGAAUGCGCUCCUUUUUUGCCUCAACCUAUCACACUGACCGUUUUUUGUAGCAGUCAACCUAUUUAGAGAUGUGUAAUCAUCAAGAAUCUUGCUGAUUGUUUAGGUGUCAACAAAGUUCAGCUGAGCUGGAAAGUUGUUCUGAGAAGCUCCACGACGUGACAGAGGUAGCAAAGAAAGUAAAGGUAUCGUAUCCACCAGAGGCACCAAUCACUCUAGACUGGAUGAAGAACAAGUUAGACACUGUGGGACAAGAGAUGGCAUCCAUCAAGGCUAGAAAGACACAAGUCGGUCAGGCUAUCAUGGGUAACAGAGUAAGUAACUGAAGUGAUACUGAAGCAAUGAUUAUUUUGAGUAUUCAGUUUAAAACUUGAAAUGACUUCUUCAACCUGAAAACUUAGUCCUUAAGUUUGCCAUUCGUAAUCCGUGUCUUGCUUUUAAAACUACAAACGGUUUGUUAAUCUUAAAACGUUUUGAAAAGACUUUCUUUUCGAAUUGGCUAUCUGUUUUGUGUUCCUUCCUUCUAUAUUUUGUGGAUUUUAAACCUUCAAAACGUUCGUUCAACUUAAUAAACUUGGCCUUAAAUUUUUAAAUUCGUUAUUUUUAAUACAUUACUUCCUUUUCAAUUUUGGGGAUGUCUUGCCUAGUUUUUGGCUUCCUCUACUAAACAUAACUGCACGAUGUUCUUUUACUUGAAGGCAAUUUAUCAUCACGAAAAACGUCCCAAACAUCUUAACACUUUCCCGUGCAAAUACGCGUUUUGUAACUAAGAGCAGUUUGUGAUGUCACUUCUCUGUCAUGUUUCAUAAGGACUCGAUCAAGUCGCAGGCAAGCUCAGUGAAAACCAUAAUGGUGGCUCAUCAGCAGCUCAUUGGUGAUGUGAAGUCAAUGUUGACGACUAUGGCAAAGGUGAGAUGACUUGCAGAGCAACAAAUUUGAGUUAUUUCAUAUAUUGUAUUGGAACUGUAGAACUUGGCUUUUCAAACAUGCAUUUUAAUGUUUUUUGUUUGUUUGUUUUUCAGGACGAAGAAGCAGCAGAAUCUCGCCAAGCCAAGCUGUUUAUUUCCACUCAUAACCGCCAAUCGGAAGAGUGCGCGCAGCUUAUUAAAAGUAUCCUGGCAGGUAUGAAGCUAACUAUACGUCGGCGUUCUGUCAUCACUAUAGGUCACUUCAAUCUGGUAUGCUUAAAAGAUUUGUCAGCUUACAAACUCAGUAAACCAUGAGGGCGAUGUUUAGCCUAGCUUGACGAUGAAGUAGUUGAAGCAUCUCGCUACUUUCCCGGGCCAGGAAAUUCUAGUGCCCCCUAAUCUAAUGAGCUUGAAAGAUUUUUAACCUACAAACUUAUACCUACGCAGGGUGAUAUUUCUACCAGACGUAAAGAAAUGAUGUUUUUGAGUUUGUGGUAAGGUGUUCUUGUUCUCUUUAGUUUGUGGUGGAAAGAUCAGUGAUGGGAAAGAUCACAUAGAAGACAACAUUGCUGACAUUAAGUCCAUGGUGAAGUCCAUCAAGUCUCUUGUUCAGUGGUGAGUAACUUUGGGUUGAACCUUUUAACCCCUAAGAGUGAUUAGCAUCUAAUUUCUCCUUACAAUAUCACCUCUGAAUCAAACAUGAAGGUCAUGAGAAUAAAGGAAAUGAUCACCAAGUAAAGAAGGGCUUAAUUGUUGAACAAAUCCUCCUCAUCAGCACCUUAGUAAUGUACAGAGACCAGUAUGGAGAAUAUGCAUGCUGAUUAUAGGGUGUAGAUAAAGCUGUUCACUUAAAUUUUUUUUUCUUUUUGGAGAUUGAAAUAAGGCUUUUAAUCUCCUACUGGUACACAUUUCAAAUAAAUGAAAAUGGCCUUCCCUAUCCAAUACGAAUUGGCGAUCAAGGAAUCAACGCUAAAAAAAGAAACCAAAAAAGAAAGAAAAUCUUUGGGGAGGGAAAAACCAAAAUUAAACGCUUUCCACGUGUCACUCUUAGCCGGAAUCGACCACUUAAAAAGUCAGAAAUGGAAAGUAAGUCAACUUUGCUUUAAAUCUCUAACCUUGGAAAAUUUCCUAGGGUUCACGACCAUCUAUUGUCACUGGCAUCACCACUUGUACCAGACGAGUCAGGCGCCAGUGGAGGGAAGACGCCCAUUGCUGCCCCUCCUCCCACCUUUGCGUCAGGUAGGAGAAAUCGUGAAGAUUCCCACGACACAUAGUUUGUCGAAAAAACAGACAUUACAGGUCCCUUUUGAUCUGAAAUCGAAUACUGAUUAUAACCAUCAGGGUUUGAAGUCGGGCAAACUUUUGAAAACUCCUCGGAACUGGGUAGAAUUUGCAGCAAUUGUAAACGUUUAACUGUCUUAUCUUAAUUUGGUUCCUAAUCCUCCAGCACUUCGUCAAGGCAGCGGCUCCGUCACACCGAGUAGUAAGGAAUCUGGAUCAUCGGAUGUUGGUUCUCCCCACCCAGUCAUCUUACAGAGAGACAUGGCAGCGAGCCCUUCAGGUGCUGGCUCACCAACUGCCUCUUCCAGGGUCGUGGCGGUUGCAAGUCCCAGAAGAAUUUCGUCGGCAAAUCUAGCAAGAGAUCCCAGAACUGGCAAAGGUAAAAGAAACUCGUCUCUCUUUUUCCGAGCUUGCUUAAUACUCACAGGGCGUGCCUUUCAAUGACUACCUUUUCCAAGCUUUAUGCAUGCAUGAGCUCGCAAUGAAAUGAAGGCAAUGGCUAUAGUUCAGAAAUUGUCUUCGUUUUGCUCGGUUCAAGAUCUCAUUCAUUCAUUCGUCACAGCUGAGCAUGAUGGUUCAGAAUGUGACGCGUAUCUAGUCGACCUUAUCGCCUCAAGAAGACCGUAAUAUGCAGUCGAAACGUGGCAAUCUUCAUCGGAAAAGACAACAUCGUGAGCCAAACGAUUAUGCCAAAACCUUAUUUUACGCUUUCGUCCACGGGUUUUAAAUUGUUCAUGGUUUAACGCCCGCUUGAUAUUAUAGCCUAUCUACAGAGCACGACACUUAAAGUCUUGUUGUCUGUUACAGCUCUUCAGGAGAGGAACACUUAUGCUAUCAGUGUGUGGCGUCGGGUUAAAGCAAAACUGGACGGUAGAGAUCAGGAUAACAAGAAAAUGUCCAUUGCUGACCAGGUAAUCAAAGGACUAAAGAUAAAGUUCUAAGCUGAUAUAGAAUACCUCCUAAGUAUCAUAGAAUGGUAGGUGCCGUGAUGAUAGCGACGAGGUGGUCACCAUGGCAACAGCCCUUCGAAAGGCGCCUAAGUACAGAACACCGACAAACAAGUGUGUGGAUGGAUAAUCACGCAAAAGGAAGGUGGAGGGGGAGGGGGGGAGAGUAAGGAGGGAAACACAGCCAGUAAAGCAAACUUUAGCAAAAGCACUUGACAAUGCCGCUAAACUCCCUUGCGCCCCCCCUCCCUUCCCACAUGUCAUUGAUGAAACCCUUGCAUUGACUUGGUUUUGCCUUCGCCUUCAUUACAUAUAGCUUCAUUAAGAUUAGAGUAUCUCCUGUCUGGACACAGUUCAAUACUCUGAUUUCUCUAAUUUAUGUCAUAUCAUUAUGUUGUAUUUUUACUCUUCUAAGGAACGUCUAAGUUCUUAAUGGCCACGAAGCAUGUUUGGAGCGCUAUAAUCGUUAUAAGCGCUAUAUCUGAACUUGUGUUCUGUUAGAUGAUGUUAAUGUCUUCUCCUAGGUUGACUUUGUUAUCCGUGAAUCCCGGAGCGUGGACAAUCUGUGUCAGAUGUAUGAAGGGUGGACUGCAUGGGUGUGACGUCAUCAGCAUGGAAGCAGUUGUCAAUAUGUGUAUGAUCCACUUCAGUAGGAGGAGCUAACAUGGACCAACCACAGCCAUCUUCGUAGCAUCACAGAAAGGCGUAAACGCGUUCGUCAGCUUUCUUAAGGCUACGUACUGUCAUGUAGCUAACAACAACAGCAAGUAUUUAUCAUUCAAAAUAAACGGCAGGCCGGCGACCUUGCCGUAGUGAUACUUACACAACUAAGAAAGAUUUGAAUUGUAAUGGCGAUGCAUUGUAAGUGGUUUGGCGCGCCACAAGCUUGGUUUAAUUAUGUUCCUGGCUUUUGUUAUGCCUGUGGUAGAGAGAGGGAAAUUAGCUAGAAGACACCUCUUGGCUUAGUGAACUUCAAAUCCACCGUUUUUUCUUUUUCAUUUCACUAACCAGAGGCACUAAAAGCAAGGUAUUAAGAAAUAGCGAUUUCCCUGAAAGUUAAAGAAUUUAGAACUAAGAUUGUUCCAAAGCCUCUCGUCGACAAACUAAAAAUCAGUUAUCGUAGAUCUGAAAAAAAAGCUUGAGCAAAACCUAAGAUAGUGAUUUGAAGAGCAACAAUUAAACAUAGCUCCUUCUUAGUUCUUUAUACAUCCGAGAUUUGCAUAGGUGUAUUAGUGAUUCCAAACAGCACAAGCAACUAAUCAUACCAUCUGAAACGGAAGCCUUGAGAGGGGGUUUUCGUCAACCGUGAUUAUUGAAGUACCUACAGCUGAUAAAGUUGGAAGAUCAUCAGAAGAACUUGGAAAUGUUCCACUUAAAUAUUCCAAAUAUAAGAAAUGUUGCACCGAGGCAUUUACUGUAGGGAAAAUUUUAUCUGUAGCAAACUAGAUAUUCGAACGUAGUUUCAUAGCACGCUUCUAUCGAGGAGAACUAUAUCUCCCUUUGUCAUCUUACGUUGUGAAAAGAAACACAGCGUGAUUGCAGCACGCAGUAUUUCACCAGAUUUACUUGACCAGCACAGUUUGUGCAGCAAACUUCCAUCAAAGCGAAAGGCUGGUGAAUUUCUAUUUUAGCUUCGUAUUCUUUUAGUUGUUGAUUGUUCUUAGAUGUUUUUUCUUAAGUCGAUUUUAUUGACUCUUGAUUUGGAGCUUACGCUGUUGACUUUUCCUUCGUAGUAUGCCAGUCAGUGUUUCUUGUUUGAGUAAAUUUUUUACAAAACAUGUAACCUACAAAGUGACCUUGCAGAAUUGGUGCUGAACGCGCCGUCGUGGCACUGUAUGUUUGCAAUGUAUAAUCGACAAUUUGGUAGAUUUUUAAGCCAAAUAUAAUAAAUCUAAGAAACUGUUCACACACACACAACCCCCCCAACAUAUGAACAUCAUUCCAAGAACAAGAACAGUCUUGUGUGGAAGAUCUCAGUUGGAUUUAGAUAGAAUCCUGUGACGCAAAUCUUUUCCACCAAAAAACGCGAAAGCAACUCCGCAAGAUUCGUUUUACUUUCCUCUCGGAGACCAGCUUCACUGAGGCGAUAAAAUUAACUGCAAGGGGAUCCGAUCUGUUAGCUUAUUUUUUUUCUUGUUCCGAACCUUUCCGAAAUCGUCGCCAAAAAUCAUCGGCAAGUAUUCUUCGUAAAUUAAAUCAACAUCUUUUACCGUAACGGAAUUUAACUCUACCGUCAAUUAAAACCUAAAGAGUCUUCAAAUUUGUUACUCUCGCUUCAUCCAACUUUUCUGAGGUUACGUAUGGCAUACAGUAUGAAUUGUCAGCAGUGUAAGCCUGAAAUCAUUUUUUUGUGGUUAAAGCAUAAGCUCGAUUUGUGCCCAACCGGCUUUGGAGGUUUUUAAUCUCCAGCCCGCAUGUCAACCAUCUCUUUGUGGUCCUUUUGUUGAGAUCGUUACUGGGACCUUGUCUAAUAUGAGCCUUGUAGGGCCUGUGGUGUUGGGUUAUAUUAAACGCUAUUUUUAUUGGAAUUUAACAGUUAACUGUUAAACUCGUUGGUUUUAUGAGAUAAUGAUGUAAUCGAGUUUUGGAAAAGGUUAAUUGAAGUUUCCCUUUU